CUUGUUUUUGAUCUAUCACUUCAAUGACAUUAUUUGCCCAAACAAAAGUCCAUCUGUCUUUCUAAGCUAUGACCUUUUUGUGAACAGUGUUUGAAUUCAAUGUGCAAAUGUCCAUGUAUUAUCUAUUUAAGCAACAUCAUAGGGCCAUCACUCAAGGACGUUGAAUGAGGUGUGCUGCCAGCCAGCCUAAUUUUAAGUACCCUUUUAACAAGAGAACCUUGUGGAAAUCCAGCCGGCAGACUCAAGGAGUUCAGGCAACAGGACCACAGAUGUUACGCUCUGGGAUCCUGGCCAUGAGGCUAGAUGCCUCACCUUGUUGAAAAGAGACACUGGAUCUAAAUGGCGCAGCAUGAUUUUGUUCCUGCUUGGCUAAAUUUCUCAACACCACAGUCAGCUAAGUCACCUACAGCCACCUUUGAAAAACACGGAGAGCAUCUACCCCGAGGAGAUAGAUUUGGAGUAAGCUGUAGUCGACAUAAUUCCUCUGAUGUCUUUUUUAACAAUGGACCUCUAUGAACGACAGGAGAUUCCUGGCACCAGUCUUCCCAGUUCCGGCAUGAUUCCGUGGACUCUGGUGUCUCUAAAGGAGCAUAUUCUGGAAUCACAGGGAACCUAUCUGGUUGGCACAGCUCUUCCCGAGGUCACAAUGGCAUGAGCCAGCGUAGUGGGGCUGGCACAGGGAACCAUGGCCACUGGAAUGGCAGCUUCAACUCCUGGAAAGGCUGUGCCUUUCAGGAAGAGCCACCUACAGAGAUUAGGGAAGAGAAAAAAGAUGAUAAGGUAGAAAAGUUGCAGUUUGAAGAAGACGACUUUCCUUCUUUGAAUCCAGAAGGUGGCAAACAGAAUCAGCCAUGCAGACCUGUUGGGACCCCUUCUGGAGUGUGAAACCCACCUAGUGCCAAGCAGCCCUCCAAAAUGCUAGUCAUCAAAAAAGUUCCCAAAGAAGAUCCUGCUGCUGCCUUCUCUGCUGCAUUCACCUCACCAGGAUCUCACCAUGCAAACAGAAACAAAUUGUCAGCCAUGGUUCCAAGUGUCUAUGAGAACCUGGUUCCUAAGCCUGUACCACCUCCAUCCAAGCCCAGUGCAUGGGAAGCUAACAGAAUGGAACACAAAUCAGGAUCCCUUUCCUCUAGCCGGGAGUCUACUUUUACCAGUUCAAUCUCUGUUACCAAACCAGUAGUACUGGCUGGUGGUAUAGUUUUAAGCUCACCCAAAGAGAGCCCCGCCAGCACCACUCCUCCAAUUGAGAUCAGCUCCUCUCGUCUGACCAAGUUGACCUGCCGAACUACUGACAGGAAGAGCAAGUUCCAGAAAACUCUGAAGGAUGACCAGAAUGGAGACUUCUCACAGAGCAGAGACUGUGAGAAGCUGGAGGAUUCAGAGGACAACAGCACACGUGAACCAAAAGAAAAUGGAGAGGAAGGCUGUCAUCAGAAUGGUCUUGCUUUCCCCGUAGAAGAUGAAGGGGAGGUCCUCUCUCACUCUUUGGAAGCAGAGCACAGGUUAUUGAAAGCAAUGGGAUGGCAGAAGUAUCCUGAAAAUGAUGAGAAUUGCCUUCCCCUCACAGAGGAUGAGCUCAAAGAGUUCCACAUGAACACAGAGGAGCUGAGAAGAAAUGGCUUUGGGAAGAAUGGCUUCUUGCAGAGCCGAAGUUCUAGCCUAUCCUCCCGUUGGAGAAACACUUGUAAAGCAGAGUUUGAGGACUCAGAAACGGCAACAAGUAGCAGUGAAACAUCUGAUGACUAUGAAUGGAAGGAGGCAUAUAAAUGCUUACCAUUAAAUCUGACCCAGUAA